GGGGAAGUUGGGAGCAGCAACAGCAAUAAAAGCGGCCGUUUCCGCCUCGUCUUCCAGAGCAACAUCAGUGGGCAUCUGCAUCAUGACACUCCAUUGCGUGCGCCUUUUGCUGUUGCUGCUGCUCGGUUCGUGGUGGCCAGAUUCAGAGAAACGUGUGGUGGGAGCUGCGAAGAUCAGGGAGCACUAUGUCGCUGCCCAGAUCACUAGCUGGACGUACAAGCCACAAUCUGAGGAAAAGUCCAGAUUGGCACAUUCAGAUCCUGUGUUUAAGAAAAUUGCUUACAGAGAAUAUGAAGUGGAUUUUAAAAGAGAAAAGCCAGCAAAUAAAUUUGCAGGGCUUCUGGGACCAACUCUGCAUGCCGAAGUGGGAGAUACUUUAGUAGUUCACUUUAAGAACAUGGCUGACAAAGCACUCAGCAUUCAUCCCCAAGGCAUAGCCUACAACAAGAAGGCUGAAGGUUCCCUGUAUGAUGACAGAACAUCAGCUGUGGAAAAACGAGAUGAUGCUGUGCUUCCAGGCCAGGUCUACACAUAUGAGUGGGAUAUUACUGAAGAAGCUGGGCCAAGAGAAGCUGACCUUCCGUGUCUCACUUAUGCCUAUUAUUCCCAUGAGAACAUGACAAUGGAUUUUAACUCUGGUCUGAUUGGAGCAUUGCUUAUCUGUAGGAAAG